AUGCUGCGUUACUGGGGUGAGAUUCCCGUCUCCUCCAGCCAGGCCAACCGCAGCUCCUUCGACCUGCUGCAGCGCGAGUUCCGCACCGUGGAAGUCCAGGACCCUCCUUUGCACCAGCCGUCCGCCAACAAGCCCCGGCCCACCACCAUGCUGGACAUCCCCUCGGAGCCCUGCAGCCUCACCAUCCACACCAUCCAGCUCAUCCAGCACAACCGGCGGCUGCGCAGCCUGAUCGCCGCGGCCCAGGCUCAGAGCCAGCAGCAGGCAGAGGGCAUGAAAACUGAGGACAACGAACCUCUGCCAGCUUGCCCGGCCUCUCCGCCUCUCCCCGAUGACCUGCUUCCCCUGGAUAGCAAAACCCCAAAAAUGCCAUUCCAGCUGAGGCACAGUGACCCAGAGAGUGAUUUCUACAGAGGAAAAGGGGAGCCAGUGACUGAACUGAGUUGGUCCUCCUGCCGGCAGCUUCUCUACCAGUCAAUGGCCACCAUCCUGGCACACACAGGCUUUGAGUGUGCCAAUGAGAGUGUCCUGGAGACCCUGACAGACAUUGCCCACGAGUACUGCUUGAAGUUCACCAAACUGCUGCGCUUUGCUGUGGAUCGAGAAGCUCGACUUGGGCACACCCCUUUCCCUGAUGUCAUGGAGCAGGUCUUCCAUGAAGUGGGCAUUGGCAGUGUGCUCUCGCUGCAGAAGUUCUGGCAACACCGCAUUAAGGAUUAUCACAGCUACAUGCUUCAGGUUAGCAAGCAGCUUUCUGAAGAGUAUGAGAAGAUUGUCAACCCUGAAAAGGCAGCAGAGGACACAAAGCCUGUGAAGAUUAAGGAGGAACCUGUUAGUGAUAUUACUUUCCCAAUCAGUGAGGAGCUGGAAGGAGAUCUGGCUUCUGGUGACCAGUCUUUGCCUGUUGGAGUCCUUGGAGCUCAAAGCGAGCGGUUCUCUGCCAACUUGGAAGUAGAAGCUUCCCCGCAGACUUCAGGGGCUGAGGUGAAUGCUUCCCCACUCUGGAACUUGGCACAGGUGAAAAUGGAGCCACAGGAGAAUGAAGAGUCCAAUGUACAUGGCCAUGGGGUCUUGGGCAGCGAUGUCUUUGAGGAACCGAUGUCAGGCAUGAGUGAAGCUGGAAUGCCACAGAGCCCCAAUGGCUCAGAGAGCAGCUAUGGUUCUCAUUCUGCUGACAGUCUGAUGGGAUCCUCUCCUGUCUUCAACCAACGUUGCAAGAAAAAGAUGAAGAAGAUGUGA